ACGAGGAAAAUAAAAUUCCUGUAGCUGGUUGUAUACCAUAAAUCACAAAAAAUACAAAGUCCUUUGUAAAAAGUAUAUUUAAAAGACCCCGAUAAAGGUUACAUCACAAAGCAAAACGUUUUCGGAUUAAUAGGCAAUCCAUCAUCAGUGUUAAGCCCUAAAAUAAUCUUGUUUUAUCAUCACUUGCCAAAGUUCUUCAGGUAUUGCAUUCGCAAAAAACUUUAUUUCGACCAAGAAGUAAUCAGUAAAUUAAACAGAAUGCAAGAUAUGUGCCAAUUCCUUGUUAGAUCCUUAUUCAUUAUUUUGGCUGCAUCUUUAAUAGCAUCUCACGCUAGACAUCUUGGAGACGAGAAUCUGGAUGAUAAUAAUCAAUUUGGAGGCGAUCUCGAAACCAACCAACUGGUUACAGGACUCAAACCUUUGCAACUGGAACUUCUCGCACAAAAAUUAGCAAUGGCGGAAUUAAACAACAAUCAACUAAGAUAUCCAGAAUAUGCACAAGAAUCUGAUCCUCAAGCAAUUCGUUUGGCUGAUAUUCUAUUUCCCGGUGAUGGUUUCCAAAGAAAUCUCAGAAGCAACAGUAAAAACCGAUACCAAGGAAAACGUGGAAGCAAAUGUUUCUUUAAUGCUGUAAGCUGCUUCGGCAAGAAAUAAAUUUAAAAUGUUCAAUAAGAAAUAUGUUUUAUGAUUAUGUUAAUUAAAUCAGAUCAAAAUGUAUUCAAAAGAAUAAUAAUAAAGUAUUUUAAAUUUUUA